AUGAAGACUUUCGUGGGGUUAAGAGGGCUCUUUCUCCUUUUUCCUAUGAUAUGGACCUGUGCUGAGGAUUGGUCAGCCGUGCAAGUACAAUGCACCAACUUUUGGUUCUAUGCCAGGAUUAAACCCACAAUAUUCCACAAUUUGUAUAUGAACCCCAAUGAAGCAUUUCUAGGAGAUGACUGCCCUGUCACCGACGUUUGGCGGGAUGUUUACUAUGAAUUUUUCUACCAUCCUCGUGACUGUGGCAUCGUAACCAAAACUCUCCAGGAGACUCUUCUGUUUAAAACUAAAAUCAAGUAUAUCUCAAGAAACUCCAGCGCCCGAGCUGAAAUGCCACUGUUGUGUGUUGUCCGAAAUCAGUAUCCUCUUUUAAAUGAAGUUAAAAGGAGAGAUAAUAAAACCGGCAGUGCUGCCAAAUGGGAAAUAAAAAUAAAAGCACUCGUUGCAAAUGAAGACGCGGAAGUUGCUUUUGCAAUGCGGUCAUGGUAA